CUUCCACACUGUGUCCCUCUCUCACUCCGGUAGUUGUCAUGGCGAUGGAGUCAACCCCGGCGUCGGCUCCAGGGGCUGUUGCCAUGGAGAUCCCGUUACGAGGUGCGCUCCCGACGGUGGAGGAAGACGAGGACACCAACAUACCUGGGUCCGAGGAGCGAAUACGGCAUCGCCGCGGAGGAGGGAGACGGCGGCACGGGGUCCCGUUCAACCGGAGCAGCUACUACAUGCUGAUAGUGAUCGGGGAGAUCGGCACGGAGCACCAGCUGGAAACCGCCAGAGCGCAGAUAGAGCGGGGAAUCCGAUCCUGGGACGUCGAUCUCAAGUGCUGUGACCUUAAUCAGCAGCUGCAGCUGUUUAUAACUCGUCACUCUGCCCACUUCUCCUCAGAGGUCAGAGGACAAAGGACUCUCCACCACAGUAGUGAUGUCCUAGAGACUGUGGUGCUUGUCAACCCUUCAGAAGACACUGUUGUAUCAGAGAUCAGGUCUCUAGUUACAGACUCAGCGGGGCACAAGCUUCUGGUCUUGAGUGGUCAGAGCUCAGAUCACGGUGGCCUUCUUCUUCAAACUGGGGUUUUCAACUACCAGACCUUUUCACAAAUCUUUACUGAUCCUGGGGUCAGUGAAUUACUGGGAACAGCAGUCCCCAAGCAGCAGGCUACACUUACUGUGUCCUGCCGCGGGGAGGUCGGCUGGAGCUCCCUGGGACAGCAGCAGACCCUGCGGGAGUUCCUGGAAUACAAACUAAACCCCGAGCCUGUUCUUUCCAAGAUGGAGGGCAUCACAGAGUUCACAGAAUAUGUCUCUGAAACUGUUGACGUCCCUUCACCCUUUGACCUCUUGGAGCCUCCCACCUCCGGAGGCUUCCUGAAGCUGUCAAAGCCAUGUUGCUACAUUUUUCCCGGUGGACGAGGAGAUUCUGCUCUCUUUGCUGUAAACGGUUUUAACAUCCUAGUGGACGGAGGCUCUGAACGAAAAUCCUGCUUCUGGAAACUGGUCCGUCACUUGGACCGGAUCGAUUCAGUUCUGCUCACACACAUCGGCGCUGACAAUCUCCCAGGUAUAAAUGGGCUUCUCCAAAGGAAGAUUGCAGAACAAGACGAGGAGCAAUCACAAGGCUCCACCAACUACAGCGACUGGAUGAAAAACUUGAUUUCUCCUGAACUAGGUGUUGUGUUCUUCAACGUACCAGAGAAACUCCGCAUGCCAGAAUCUAAUCUUAAGGUGAAACGUAGCAUUGAAGAGGCCUCACUCACUUUACAAUACCUUAACAAGCUAGGAAUCGAGCCAGAGCCUCUGUUUCGAGUGGUCAGCAACACCACUGAACCCAUUACGCUUUUCCACAAGAUGGGAGUAGGCAGGUUAGACAUGUAUAUUCUAAACCCUGUCAAAGACAGUAAAGAGAUGCAAUUUUUAAUGCAGAAGUGGGCUGGCAACAGCAAGGCUAAAACUGGCAUUGUGCUGCCCAACGGGAAAGAAGGAGAAAUAUCCGUGCCCUACCUGACAUCAGUUACAGCCUUAGUUGUCUGGCUCCCCGCCAACCCUGCAGAAAAGAUUGUCAGAGUGCUGUUCCCUGGGAAUGCACCACAAAAUAAGGUCCUCGAAGGCCUGGAAAAGUUAAAGCACCUUGACUUUUUGCGUUAUCCUGUAGCCACACAAAAGGACAUUGCCUCAGGAGCUCCUCCAUCUGCUAUUAAACAAACCAAGUUAAAGCAAAGAACAGAUAGCAAAGAGAGUCUCAAAUCCUCCCCGAAGACCACUGCAAAGGCUUCAAAGAAAGAAACUGAAGGACAAGACGAUGUGUCAGCCACCACAGAAGCAAAGAGUGACUCUGUGAAGGAAAAUAUAUUGGAGAAAAAAGAGGAGAAAAAGCCCAUGAAGACUAUAAAAUCUAAAACUGAAGUGCCAGAAAAGAAAAAACUCAUAAAAGAAAAGUCUCUAAAAAAGCAUUCAAAAGAAAGGGCAUCCAAGACGGAUGAGAAAAAGGACAAGGAAAAAAAAGAGAUCAAGAAAAUAAAGAAAGAUGACUUAGUCAAAAAAGAUGACAAGAAAGAUCCAAAGUCCAAAGAGGACAAAAAGAAGGAUGGAUCCAAACCUGAGCUGAGAAAAAUGACCAAGCCCGACCUAAAGCCGCUUACACCAGAAGUGAGGAAGACCUUACAUAAAGCUAAAGUGUCAAGUAAAGCCAAAACAGGGAAAACCAAGGUUGCAAAGGCAGAACCAGGUGAACCCAAAGCAGAAGAAACAAAACCUGAAAUUAUUCAACCUAAACCCAUCGAGAAUGGAGCCGCUGAGGGUAUGUCUGGUCCAUCCACACCUGAAGACCUCACCAAAGACGUUGAAGAGUUGCAAAAAGAUGAAGUUAAAGCUUUAUCAGCAGAGCCACCAGAAAGUAAAGAGGUUUCCUCAGAGCCAACAACAGACAACCUCAUCCAAGAGAAGGAAGCACAAGAAGCUAUUUCAGAAACCCCACUGAGAACAGAGUCUCCUGAAAAAGAGAAAGCAGCUGCAGACAUAAAAACUGAAACUGAAGACAAAGACAAGGAGCAAACUCAUGAGAAAGAAAUGGAGGAUGCUCAAAAGUUUGAGGAUGAAGGAGCAGCAACUCAGGAUGAGGAAGAAGAAGAGGAGGAGGUCCCAGCUGCUGAACAAAAAGCACAGAAGGAAGAGGAGGAAGAGGAAGACAUGGGAAUAGGUGAAGAUGAGGAUGAAUCAAAAUGGAAGGAAGCAAAGGAUGAUGGGCUUGACCGAAAACAUGAGAUAGAAGAAAUGGAGAAAUCAGAACAUCUGGCAGCUAAACUAGUGACAAAGGAAGAGCUUCAAACAACUCCUUUCAAGGGUGAGAAAGAGGAAGAAGAAGAGGAGGAAGAAGUGAUGGACAAAGCUGAAUUGGAGGAAGUAGAAGAUUUAGAUGUAAUAGCAGAUGAAGAAAUCAAAGUCAAACCUGAAGAUUCAGUUGGAAGCAAGACAACUGAAAUUCUGGCUACUGGUAAAGAUGAAGAAGAGGAGGAGGAGGAGGGCUACCUAUCACAUGUUGGAGGGGCCACUGCUCCCAUAACCUCAGUAGUUCAAGGGGUAGCUGCAGCUGAACCUGUGUCUUAUAUCCAAGAUGAGAUGAUCCCCGGCUACUCUGAGACAGAACAGACUAUCUCCGAUGAGGAGAUCCAUGAGGAAGCAGAGGAGAGAAUUCCACAUCUUCAGUAUGAUGUCGGUGCCUAUGACAUCUCUGUUCCAGAUCAGACUGGCUCAUUUGUAAACAUUCAUGGCAUGAGAGAGAUGCAAGCAGCAAUUAUGACUGAGAAAGGCUUUAUUCCAGGUGUGCAAGAGCCAGUGUCAGUUUUCACCAACAUCAUCACUGCUCCUUUGGCAGAAGAAGAGCAUGUGUCUUCUGCAACAUCCAUCACAGAGUACGACAAAAUGUCCUCCUUUCCCACUUCUAUUGCUGAGGAUCAGUCUGUGGCGUCUGUUGCAGCAGCUUCAGCUGAAGAACCAACUAAAACCCCUACAGCACCUGAAGCUGCCCAGAGCAAAGAGCUGCCACGCUCUGCAGAAACCCUUUCACCACCGUCGUUAGAAGACGACAAACAAACCAAGUCUCCAUCUAGUGAUUUACAGCUUCCUUUUGCAGAGGGGAAGAAGAUGGCUGAAGUUCAUGUUGCUGCAGAACAGGAUGACGAAGAAGAGGAAGAAGAGGAGGAAGAAGACCAAACUCCUAAUGUUGACAUGUCUCUUGAAAAACUCCAAGAGGGCUACGCUUCAACCCAAAUGUUAGAAAGAAAAGAGACAAAGAUCAAACAAGUUUCUGGCACAGGGUCUCCUGAAAAGGCUCAACAUGACAUCAAAUCAGUCCAUUUACCUGUUGAAGAGGAAAAUAUUGAAGCAGUAGCCCCUAAAGAUGUUUCAUCUGUUGUUCCUACUAGACCAUUUGGAUCUGACUCAGUAACUUCAGAAAGUGAAGAGCGUUGCUUCAGUCCUGACGAUAUCACUGUGAAAAUGGCUUCCCCUCCACAGUCCGGACCCUCAAGUGCAACUCACUCUCCAAUUCGUCAGUCACCGGUGGAAGACAAAACAAAAGUCCUGCAUGGUUUAGAGCUGCAAAAGCAAGAGGAGAUUCCUGAUGUAGUCACAGCAAGUGACAGCAAAACCAAAAAGAAAGAUGACCAGGAAACAGAGACACAGGGGGAAUCUGACCAAGAUAAAGGAGAUCAUUUUGAAGCAGCUGUUGCAAGAUCUGAGGACAAGUCAUUGGAAAAGGACAUUAAAGAAAUUCCAGGAAUCAAAGGGCCAGAAAAAGACAUUUCAUUAGUGCCAAAAGAUGAAGGAAAACAGACCGAAAUAAUUCCUGCUGUUGCUUCAUCUUUAACAGAAGCUCAGCAACCAGUUGAAGUUGAGAGAGAUUCCCUCCUCUCAUCUCUUGGAGACAAAGCUGACAACAGGUUCAGAGAACAGGAACCAAUACCGGGUAAAGUUCCAGAUGGCAAGAGUGGUUUCUUGGAUGAUGGUGAUAAGAGGAAAGACGAUGAUGAUUAUGAUGAUAAAUCUGCAGUUAAAACCGUCAGUGUGAAACAAGAGAAAGAAAAGGAUGACACCUUUGAAGCCAAACAAAUCAAGGAUGAACACACAGAGAAGUCUGACAUCCAAGUAGAAGUUUCUCCUAUUAGGUCCAUUAUAGAUGAGAAAGAUGGUAAAGAGGUCAUAAAAGAUGAUACCUCUUAUAUUAAACCCAUUGAAGAAGAAACAUCAAAGGACACUGUCACUGUUGAUAGAGUCAUUAAAGAUGAACACAAAGAACCAGAAAAAGACCAUGUUCCCAUAGCCAAAACCACUGAACAAGCAGAGGUGGAAACUGUUCCUUCUGAGGCCAAACAAGUCAAAGGUAUACAGAUGAAGGAAGAAGAAACUCAAGAGGACAGAUUCAACCUCAGAACCGGAGGUGAUUUUAAGGAAACAGAGGUUAAAAUGGAUGAGAGUAUUGCUUUUGAUAUUAGCUCUUCAAAGACUCAAGAGAAAGAGACUGAAAAGGUCCAUACUACAGAAACCAAGGUUGUUAAAGAAGAAGUUGAAAAAGAGACAAAAAAAGAUUUUAUUCCCAUCACUGAGCCUUCCCAGGAUGAAGAGAAGAAGGAGAUAGAGACAUUGGAUAUCAAACCGAAAGAAGACAAAGGAGCUGAAAAACUGAUGGAAAAAAGAGAUGAAUCUGCCACAAAACCCUUUAUACAUGAGCAGAGGGAAGAAGAGGAGGACAUGGAUGACAUUGUUGACGCUAAACUCGGCAAAGAGGAAAUUAGUAGUAAGAUUGAAGAAUCCCCUGCGAUUAUGAAAGAAGAAAAAAAGCAAGAUAUUAGUAAAGCUGUCAUCUCAACCAUCGGUCUCAGCAAGGAGGAAGAAAAGGAUGCAGCAGUGAGUAAAGAUGAGAUUUUUGCUGCCAAGACAACAGUUGAUCAAGAAAAAGAGAAAGACAGAAGUGAAGAUGAUAGUCCUGACGCUAUACCUUUCACAGAACAUGAACAAGAUUUAAGAAAAAUUAAGGAUAAUGGUAACUUCUUCAAACCUACUAUAGAGGAUGAGAAAGAGAAUAUUGAAAAAGAGCAUACUAUGACCACUCAACUUACUACAUCAGCGGAAAAAGAUGACCUGCCAAGUAAGCAAGAAACCCCUGCUGUUAAACAAACAGUUGAAGACCAAAGGGAAAGUAAAGAGGCUGCUUGUGCUACUGCAGUUACACUGCCCAGGAUGGAUCAAGAGUCUGUAAUCACAUGUAAAGAAAGUGAUUUCUCUGCCAUACCAACCAAGGCAGAAGAAAAAGAAACACUUAAAACUGACAAACCAACCAUGGAAAGUGAAAAGAACCAAGAGGCAAGUGAAGCUAUCUCUUCUGCUGGCAAACUAGCUGAGAAAGUGGAAGAAGACAUACUUAAAAGUGAAGAUAUUCCUUCUGUCAAAACAUCUAUGGAUGAACCAGCCAAGAAAGAUGUCAUUUUUGAGGACAGACCCAUCACACAAGACAAAGAAACCAGUAAAGAUAGUUUUUCUGUUGGAUCACUAACAGAAGAAAAAAAAGAGAAAACAUUAGAUGAGGAGGAAACACUCAGUGUCAAACUGUCCAAAGAAGAACAAGUUGAGGAUCAUAGUGUUGCUGUCAAGCACAUCAAGGAAGAAGAUAAAUUUAAGGGUGAAAUAUUCCAUUUAAAACCCCCUACAGAGGAGGAAACAAAGAACACAGCGGAAAUGAAAGGUGUUACAUCAGACAUCGAACUUGUCAAGGAGGAGGCAAAAGAAACAGGAAGAGAGGAUUCUCAUGACAAAGAAAUUGUGGUUAAAGAAGAGGACGAAAAGACUGAUGGGGCUGAAUUUGUAUCUGUAAAGAAGCAGAAGGAAAAAGACAUUGAAGAUACUUCUGUUAAAGCCACUGAGGACGAAAAAGAGGUAGAGGAACAAACCCAGAAGACUGAAGAACACGAUAAGGGUGGCAUUGAUGACCAUAAACUCAUUUUGGAGCAAAUGAAAGAAACUGACCACAGAGAUAUGAAAAAAGAGAAAGAAGAUACCACUGCUGAGCAGCCUAUCGACACAACAGAUAAAGAGCUGUCUAUUGAAAUGAAAGACACAGUUAAACUGGAGAGUUCGGAAACCGAAUCUACCCAACAGGAAGCUGUAGAAGACAUGUCUACUCCAACAUGCAGAACCACAGCAGAGAAAAAAGAUGAAGAUAAUUUUCCUUUAGAGUCUCAAUCCAAAAUAGAUGAUAAAAAAGCAGUAGAUCUUCCACCAGCCCAAGAGACUGAAGGGGAAACAACAACAAAGGAUGAUAUUUUUGGUGAUAGUCAGAAAGGUAAACAUGAAGAAACCUCUGAUAACCUUUCUGCAGCUCAGACAGAAGAGAAAAACUUCACAGAAGGAAUUCAUCCUAGCUCUUUGGUGAGAGAUGAGAUCUGUACAUCUUCUAAAGAACAAGAUGAAAAAAAAGUUAGUCAGGAUGAGAAGAUGGAGAAAGAAAAAGAUGAUGCACAUGUUGCUGAACUAAGCAAGGAGCAGAAAAUGGAGAAAGAACAGGAGAAAGAUUACACCUAUGAGAGCGAAGACAUCAAAGAUGAAAAGGUAAAACUAGCAGUGGAUGAAAAGAUGAUUAAAGAAAAGGAUCCUGCUCACAUGAAGACAGAUGAAAUUACAGAGAAAGAAAGGUCUGAUUAUGGUGAUGCAGACCACACCAAAGAGGAAAAAUGGGAGAAAGAAGAAGUGCAAGAGAAAGACCUCUCAAGCAUUAAACAACCGACACAGGCAACAUCAGGAGAAGAAGUGUUGGUGUCAAAGUCCGACUAUAAACCUGCCUUUGCAGUUCAGUCAUCAGAUGAAGACAGAGAAGAGGAAGAGGAGGAAGACAUUUGCAUGGGAGGUGCAGGUUCCAGACCUUUGUCAGUGGACCCAAAAAAAUCUGACCAUGACAUCUCUACUCUGGGUUUGUCAUUAACUCCAGAGACAACUGACCAAACUAAACCACUCCCGUCUCAACAGCCUUCAGUUAUUAUACCCACACUUACAAUGCAGGAGCCCUCUUUGGAUGAAGAUAUCAAAGAGUCUGAAAAAGAAGAAUCCAGAUUUUCACCUGACGUAGGCAAAGAUUGUGUAAAAACAGAGGCCACGCCUGCACCACUUGCCGAACCAGAGUCGUCUUUUGAUAUUGUGACAUCAAAGGAAGAGGAAAGAGCUGUUUGUACUGCAGCUGCCAAAGCAGAACCGAUGUCAGUGUCAACAGAGAAAAAGUCUGUAUUGUCAGUAGAAUCAAGCACCGAAAGCCAACCCAGGAGACUUUCAAGCACCGAAAGCCAGUCCAGUGUGGAAGAGACACCCAAACAAGAAAAACAGAUACUGACUCAGAUGAGCUCAGGUAUGAGUACUACUGAAAAGACCAAAGUGGAUGAAAAACCAGGAAAGGAAGCAGAGAGGGAGAUGGAAGGAGAAAGAGAGAUAGCUUCUCCAGCUCUAUCACAGCCUUGUUCGUAUUUUAUGUUAGACAGAGAAUCUGAUGAUGCUAGAGAAGCUACUGGGGCUGCAAAAAUAGAUACUGGUGAAAAUAUUAGUUCAGAGAAAGACAUUGUUAGCAUCAAAGAUGAGACACAAACCUUUGGUGCAUCCAAGUAUGAUCCCUAUGAAAAGCCCAUCCCCAAAGAUCAGGAUCUGGACUCCAGAGAUGAGAGUGAGGUUUCUCUCGGUUUUGAUAAUGCUUCUGACAUUUGCAUCGAUGAUAACCGAAGAACAAGCCAGGCAGAUGCUGGAGGAGCCAUGUUCCUUCUGGACGAUCAGUACAAAGAGGAACCUCUGUCCUUCAGCAGAGUCGACUACAGCCCAGUGUCCCUUACAGAGAGUGAAAGAAGCAGCCACCACAGUCGAAGUGACUCCCCUAAAAACCAAGACAGAGAGAAAGGCCAAGAGGAGGAGAGUGAAAGAGAAGAAAGAGUAGAUGCAACUUGUGUUGACAAAAGCUACUCAUUCACAGAGAUGCAAGAUAACAAAAUGUCUCAAGCUGCCGAAUCUUAUUCUUUCAGCCCCAAAGAGGACAAACCCGAAAAAUCAGAGAAAGAAAAAGAAGAUACGAGGGAAGCAGAGGUUCCUCAAACACGGGUAAUGGAAGAAGAUGAUAUAGUUUGUACUAGUGCUGCCGCUCAGUCAGCAUCACAAAGGUUAGAAACAACCUCUCCCUUGUGGAGCCAUUCAGAUAUUGGUGCCUCAGCUUCUACUGAAGCAUUUAGAGAAGCUACAGAGAAGGAAAAGGAGAAAUCUGCUGAGUCACUCAAAGAAAAAGUGGAUUCAACUGAUCAUCAAAAGGAGAGAUCUCCAUCUGGUCGGCACUCACCUGCAGAAAAAGAGAUUUUACCUCAACAAACAUCAUUGCUGGUAAGACAAGAAGCACCAACUGACUCAAGGACUGGAGCUACAGCAACAUUUAAAGGACGUGAAGUAGAUGAUAAUGUUUUGGCAUCUGACAACAGUCAAAUUAGCAGCUCUGCAACCUGUAAAUUCUUAGGAUUUCCAGAUGGAAAAGAGAGCCUUAUUGAUAAAAGGCUGCUGGUAGAGGGGGAAGAUUUUAAUGUUGAUGAUGAUGAAGAAGAUGAUGAUGAGGAAGAGGAAGGAGAGGAAGAGUCAAGCGAUGUAGAUAUAGAAAAAGGUGCUCGGGAGCAGUCUGAAAAAGAAAUAUGCAGACGUGAUUCUGAUGACAGCGGUAGAUUAGCAGAGAGAGAGGACAUACAUAAAAUGUCUGAAUCAAGCUCCAUUAAAGUGGAACCAGCCAGUAAACCAACGGAUGCCUCGGUAGUCACAGACACAUUUAAGAAGGAUGUGGGUGUAAAACCAGUUAAAGAGGAGGACACAGUUAAUGACACAACACCAAAACCACUUGAGACAGAGAGUCAAGACAAAGAACUGUUCAAAAUGGAUGGAAGGAGUUUUUCUACACCAGAUGCCCCAAAACAUUCUGAUAAAAUGGAAGCAACAGAGGACAAAGGCAAAACACAGCUUUCCCCUGAUCCCACAACAGAAAGGUUAUCAGUGACAGAUGACGCAACUUCACUUGAAGUUUCAGACUCAGAGAUAAAAGAUAAAGACAAAGCAUCACUUUCACCAGAGGAAACAUGUCAACCAACAUCUACAAGCAGCUUGACCACCAGCUCUUUACCAGCUGAUUAUUCAGAGUCAAGAUCAAAGCCGACAUCUAGUCCCUCCCCUCCACUAACUUCUAGCUACGCUGAUAUUGGAUUAAGCAAGUCUGGAGGUUAUUCUGAGCAUUUUUAUAGUGAUGACAGUCAAGUUUUGUUGAAGGAUGACAACAACGAAACCCUUGUGCUCUCAGAUGAAUCCCAUCUGUCCAAACCAAGUGAUGAUAAAUACUUCAGUCAAAGAGAUGUCCAAGAUGAAGGUCUAGAUGACAGACAGACUACAGAUAUCACAGUAAAACAUGAGGAAACUACCUCGUCAAGUUGCACAUACAGCACCUUAACAUACUGUUCCUCAACCUACUCCUCUACAUCGUACAGUUACUCCUCUUCUGCCUCAGCGUCUGGUGUUUUGAGUCAACACUUAGGAGACAAAGUUGAACUUGUCAUAGCUUCAAGCUCUGAAGAACCUUUUGCCAAAGAGGAACCAUCUUUUAUGGCAGCAUCUACAAGCUCGUGCCUUGGGGGUUUUCAGAGAGAUGAAUACAUGGAGGUGAUGACGAAACCUGCUGCAGAAGCAUCCAAACCAAGUCCAGGCACAUCUGUCACUGCUAAGCAGCCUGAGGGUCAAAAACCAGAAGCAGAUAUAAAGCAGAGUUCUGACAGUACAAUCACUGCUACUGCACCUGCUCUACAAAGUUCAGGCCCGGUAAAUGUGUCAGAAAUCUCAUUUACAUCAGAAGCUUGCUUUGAUGUUUCUCCUCUCCAAAAAGCUGAGUCUUGUGACAGGGUGCCCCAGGACGAGGAGCCCGAUACACUUGAAACGGAAGAAAGCACGUUACCAUGUCGUAUUGAAUGUGAAAAAAUCAAAGUGGCUAAAACCUCUUCAUCAGUAACUGAAUCAUAUUCAGUAGUGAGUACCACUGACUCAACAGAAGCAAAAACAGUCACCAUCACCUCUACAACUGUUUUGUCUGAACCUGAAACAAUGACGGUAACUCAAGUUACAGCCUCAGUCACUUCACCUAGCGAUAGUGGAGCUACUAAAACCUUGUGUGCCAUAACUGACUUGUCCAAAACAGAAGAGGGUGACAAGAAAACACAGCAGAUAAAAGAGGAGAAGGCAAGUGAAACUACUGUACCUUUAAAGGAAGAUGCCAAGAUGUCAGAGAAAGAAACAUAUCAAAAAGAUGAAAAGGCAGAAGCACUGAAAGACACUGAAUUCAAACAAAAAACAGACGAAAAGAAACUGGAUGAAAAGACCAGUAAAGGCAGCACAGAGCAGAAAAAAGAAACAUUUGAUCCCAAGCUGAGUGAAAAAGUAGAGGUGGGGAAACCAGGAGAGGCAGAAAGACUGGACGAAAAAGGUUUGUUGGAGAAGCCGUCUGAGAGACUAGAGGUAAGAAGAAAGAGUAGUUUAUCUGACUGGGAACUACUACAGAGGCCUGAAGACUUCCCAAGUGCCCCUCCUUCAGGAUAUGGUGAGGAGGAGGAGGAGGAAGAAGAUGAGGAAGCAAGGAAAUGGAUGGCCAGUUCCCAUGAUACCUCUAUGUCCUUCUCAAAAGACACUUACCACACAGAAACAUCUAGUCAAGGAAUUGUGAGGAGUGAUCGACCCUCUGACUUGAACACUGGAGCAACCUCUUCUUCUGCCUCUACUCAAGGCUUCUCUUCCUGUGAAUAUAAGCAUCGCAAAGGGGAACUAUCUCCAUCCUUCAUCAACCCCAGUCCGCAUCAGCUCUCCAGUGACGAGGGUGAAGAUGAAGGCCACAGUGACCACUCCCAGGAAGGGGACGAAGAUGAACAUGAACAACACUCUGUGAAAAAGAGGUCUCACAAGCAGAAGCGCCACCACACUCAGAGUCACCAUGGAGAGGCUGGACCGGGGCCACAUCAGCUGCCUGGCACAAUGUCAUCUGGUUUGGCUGUCACAUUGGCUGGAGAGGAAACACCUCCAACAUCGGUUAGUGAGUCGUUACCAUCUCAGUCUGAUUCUGACGUCCCUCCAGAAACCGAAGAGUGUCCGUCCAUAACUGCCGAGGGAAACCUGGACUCCGAUGAAGAUGCUGAGCAUCUACCAGUGGACAAAUCAUCUGCCUCUGGAGCUGCUGGUGGCCACCAUUCUCCAACGCCACGGUCAUCUCAGAAAAGUCACGAUCCCAUCCCCACCCCUAUGAAGGACCCCCUGCCACACCCUCCCCAUCCAGAUGUGUGCAUGGUAGACCCAGAGGUUCUUCUUAAUGAUCACAGCAGUACGGACAAACCUAUCAAGAAGGAGCAUAAGACCACCAAGGGACUUAGAAAAGGCAAACCCAAGUCAGCCUCUCCUGCUCGUAGGGGGGAAGUCAGGAAGAGGUCUUCUACCCCAGUAAAGCAGUCUAAGGACUCUGCCUCACCUCGAUCUGCCUCCCUCAGGAGGAAGGACACAGAGAGAAGCUCCAGGCUGGUUAAAAUGUCUGAAUCCCAAGGCUCAAGGAGUGAGAUCUACAACUCUGGGAAAGGCCUGGUCAAUGGCAUCAAGAGCAGCUCAGGAAACAACUCCCAGAAAACUAGUUCAGCUGUACCCCCUGGACCACCUGUGUAUGUUGACUUGGCCUAUGUGCCCAACCACUGCAGUGCCAAGAAUGUGGACCAGGAGUUCUUUAAGCGAGUGCGGGCUGCAUAUUAUGUGGUGAGCGGGAAUGACCCGGGGAGUGGAGAGCCCAGCCGUGCAGUCCUGGAUGCCCUGUUGGAGGGAAAAUCUCAGUGGGGCUCAAAUUUACAGGUGACUCUGAUACCAACCCAUGACACGGAGGUGACUCGGGAAUGGUACCAGCAGACGCAUGAGAGGCAGCAAGACUUGAACAUCAUGGUUCUGGCCUCCAGCAGUACCGUAGUCAUGCAGGAUGAGUCUUUCCCUGCCUGCAAGAUUGAGUUCUAAGCUUCACAAGCCCAGCUGUGCUUUCACCAUCACCACCACCCUUUCACACCACCCCCUCUUCUGCUCAUCUGGAGGUAGAGCGAGAGCAAACAGCAUCCUCUGCUCCUUCAAAGCUUCUCUAUUAUGGUACCAGUCUCAAUAAGUAUUUGCUGCAGCUCUUGAUGCAGUAGGUUCUGUUAGCUAAAAUCAAAGUCAAAAUUCUGGGUAUAUGCUUUGUAAUAGUGAGGUUAUCACAUAAAUAGCACUAUAAUGUUUUUCUUCUUAAAUGUCUGCCCUAACAGAUUUCUUAUGCUUGCACUUAAUUGUGGUAAAAAAAAAAAUUAAUCCAUUUAACAGCAUAAUCACACUUCAGAACUUCUUUGCUUCAUAUCCAAAUAAAUAAUUGGACAAUUGUUGAAAAGUUGCACAUUGAAUUUAGGGAUUAGUGAGAUGUAGUCCUAACACCAAUGGCUCAAAUUGCAUUUUGACUCUGAAAUCUGUUACAAACGGCCAAAGCGCAUA